AUUGAAGAAGUUUACAUACCUACAAUUUUACUGUUCUCCAAUAAACUUUCAAAUGUUUGCUUGAAUCACGCAAUUGGAUGUAAGAACACAAACCAUACAUAAACAUAUUGUGACGCAUUAACGUCUCAGCCCAGACCACUAUAAUAUUACAAGAGUCUCAGUCGCUUCGUGUGCUUGUAGCGAUGAGAUUGUCGUGAAAAAUGCGUCGUUUCUGGAUUUUUGUUGUUCAAGUAAUUUUACUCAGUGUUUGCUUGGGGCAAGAGCUGUCUGCUGAGAAAAAGGAUUCAUUUUUGCGUGCAUUAACUGACCAUUUGAAUAGGGAAUAUGGUCAAGAAUAUAUAUACGAAGGGGGCGUCAUCCUAAGUUAUACAAAUAUAGACACCGAUACUUAUCGUAUACAAGUGUUGGUUAACGCAACAAGUAAUGAAAAUGUUCGGGAAAUUCAAACGCGAAACUGCACAGCUGUAUUGAUUGACAAAGAAACCGUAGGGAUCGGAUACUGCGGAUGCAACGACUUGGAGGAAACAAACACUGGAAUAAUUAAAGAGGAUAUUGUAACCCAAGAGGAGAGUAAAGACGGUAGGGUAAUUACAAGUUUAGAUGUCGUCAGUCAGCCUGAACAAAGUAAUGGAAUCAUUAAGGAGGAUAUUGUAUCCGAAGAUGAGACUACAGAUGGCAGUGUACCUUUAGAUUUGAAUAAUCACCCUGGACCUGUCCAUUUGGAAAAUGAAGUUUCUAAUGGUCCGGUCAUGUCAGGCGAGGAGUUCAUUGCUGUACCUCGAGAGAAACCAGCACCCUGUAUAGGAUGUGUCACGCAUAUUGAUCCUCAAGCUGUUGGAGUCACAGACUUGGCGAACCUCGGCGUAAAACAACUGGAUAAAUAUGAACCUAACAUAAGACAUAUUUUAAAUACUGUUCAUAACGUCGAGCGAAUAGUCCAAGUCGUUAGUGGAGUCCGUUACAUCUUAACAAUGUCAGUCGAUUCCUAUAAUUGCUCCGCGACAGAGUCAGAUGCUUGCGAAUUUCAGAAAAUCUGCCGAGUCUCUGUUAUAGAAAAGCCUUGGUUGCACAUCAAAGAUAAGGAUAUUACAGUAAAUUGUUAUUUUGCUGACGCCAAUGAUGACAGUCAGGAAGGGCAAACACACUUUAUUAAUAGAAAGAGACAAACACCGAAUGAAGUGGGAUUCUUAAAAGUAGUGGAUCCCAAUAAUGAAGUUUAUAAAGCCCUUGCAGAAGAAUCAUUAAAAAAUUAUGAUAUACAAUCUGGAGCGCAAAACAGUCAUAAAGUUAUCAAAAUACUUCGCGUAUAUGAGCAACUAAUGCAGGACGUUACUACAUACAUUGAUUAUAUUGCUUCGCCAACAACAUGUUUGAUAGGUGAAAAUCCGCGUAACGAUUGUGAAGUUCUUCACGAACCUCAGGUUUUCUUGAAAUGCCAUGCGCAAAUUUGGAAUCAUGGCGCACUGGAAUCAAAAAAGAUAUUUAUAAAAUGUAAAGUACACAAUACACAGAAGAUGCGUGGAAAACCGGAUAAGUUUAGACCAGAUAUUAGAGAUAAAGUCCAAAAUCUGAGUCUUAACACAAAUAAUCUACUAAAAGAGACGAAGCCUGUAGAGACUAUACGUAAACAUGUUGGAGAAGUAUAUGAACGAGAUCCUGCAGAAGACCAAUUUAGACAAUUAGCUGAGGAAUCGCUGCGACAGCAUAUGCUGGGAUCCCGACUCAAGCUUGUGCAUAAAGUAGUUGAUGUCGAAAGAGUGACUACUCAGGUAGUUUCUGGAGUACAAACUAACUUAGUAUUUACCGUUGCGCCGACAGAUUGUAUAGUAGAUAAUCUUAAAGGAAAAAAAUAUUCAGAUUGUAAGAUAGACGAGUCUAAAGAAAUCCGUUGUUAUUCUAGUGUUUGGGAAAGACCCUGGCUUUCGGACGAUCACAAACGUAUUGAAGUUACUUGUGUUGACAUCGAUGUAGACAUCAAUGAAGAUUUGUUUAUUCGGAAUAUAAACGUAAAAUACAAUAACAGCCCUAAUCAAUCUGGCAAGAGAAACGUUAAGUCAAAAACAAUGAGUCUCGACUUUGAAGAUAACGAUAUUGCAGGUGUUGUUGAUGAUGACACGAGGUCCAAAAGAUUCACCACCGAGGAUGACGACUAUAUAGAGGAAGAAAUAAAGAACUAUUACGCCGAUCGCGCAAUAAGUCAAUAUAAUAGCCAGACAAUUACGAAUAACUUGCAUAAAGUUUUAACUAUACAUGAUGUUCAGCGUAGUGUGCACAUGAAAACUGUGAUGGUGAGAAUGUUCAUGGAAAUUGCUAUGACAUACUGUUUACGUAAGGCAGAGGAGAGAGAUCUUAAUAACUGCGCAGAGAUUGAAGGUUUGCCUCAUAAAAACUGUUUAGUAAAACUAUUUCCUUCACCUGAUGAUGAAUUUGUCGUUAAACAAGUUUCUGUUGUUUGCGAAGACGAUCCACAAAAGUUUGAAUCAUCUACUGGUUUGGAUGUACAUGAAUUCAUAAAGGUUUCGAUAAGAGAACUUGAAAAGUCUACCGAUGUCGUUUAUAAGUUGGUACACGUUGGUGAACCGUAUAUGGUACCUUCUUUGAGAUAUUCUCAACCUAUUAAAGUUAACUUUUUAGUAGCGUCUUCUAAUUGUACUAAAGAUAAAGACCCGUACAGUAGCAAUAAUUGUCAACUUGACUUACAAAGACCACCAAAACCAUGUACAUCUUACAUUUCAUUACAACCGAAUACCAAGAACAUACGAGCAAUGAAAGUAGUAUGUCGAGAUCAAACCCAACGCAAGCGAAGGUCUAUAUCGUUGGAUAAAACCAAUGCUACCAGUGAAGAAUUGGUAAUUCAAGGCUUAGUUCAAGAAUCACUGGAGAAAGUUGAAAUGUCUUCUUUACACCGCUAUAAGCUAAGAGUUUUGUCUAUUAAUAGUUACUCGACCACAAUUACGACGGGCCGUGUGACUACUAUUGACUUCGAUGUCGGCUUCACUAACUGCUUAAAAUACGAGUGGGUUCACAACAUCUCAACUUGCGGCUUCUUAGAGCACUUGCCAAGAAAGCAUUGCCUAUCGGAGGUAUAUGAAAGGCUUUGGUCGAACAAUGGAAAGCAAAUCAAUGUAAAUUGCCAAGACGACGAAACGCCUUUAGAAGCACACAUAGAAUUUGAUAGUCCUAGUAACGCUAUGGAGUUGGCUAACGAAGCUUUAAAGCAUAUUGAAGUCAAAUAUCCUCAUCCGCGAAAACAGAAAGUUGUCAGGAUAUUUUCCUUGGAGAAGCAGGUGGUGGCUGGACUGCAUUAUAGGCUUAAAAUAGAGGUGGGAUUAACUAAUUGCUUCGCGUUAAGCCUUGACGAGAACUGUACGCUUGUCACAGAUGCAGGCAUAAAUAAAUUCUGUCGUGUAAAUAUUUGGAUACGCCCAUGGACUGAUCAUCCACCUGCUUUUAGGGUAGUUUGUGACUACCACGAUGGCGGCACUGAUGACAUUUACCAUCAGAUACAAGCGGAACAAUUGUUCCAUAAUUUUUUGACGAUCUACAAACCCUCCUAUUUGGAGGAUCACGAAGAGCUUAGGAAAAGAUUUGAUAUUUUCAAGAAUAACAUAAAAAGGAUUAAUGAAUUGAAUAUUCACGAACGAGGAACGGCCAAGUACGCUGUAACGAAGUUUGCGGAUUUGACGUAUGAAGAGUUUACCAACAAGUAUUUGGGAUUGAAGCCAAGUCUUAGGGACGAUAAUCAAGUGCCAAUGAGAAGAGCCACUAUUCCGUCUUUAGACAUCCCCGCGAAGUUUGAUUGGCGAGAUUUUAAUGCUGUCACUGAAGUUAAAGACCAGGGAUCUUGUGGAAGUUGCUGGGCUUUCAGCGUUACAGGUAACAUCGAAGGUCAAUGGAAGAUGAAGUCAGGUAAGCUUGUGUCUCUCUCGGAGCAGGAGUUGGUGGAUUGUGACACCAUGGACCAGGGUUGCAGUGGAGGAUUGCCGGAUAAUGCUUACAGAGCCAUAGAACAAUUAGGUGGUCUAGAGACAGAGACCGAUUACCCGUACGAAGGUGAAAACGACAAAUGCGUGUUUAACAAAACAAUGGCGAAGGUUCAAAUAAGUGGCGCCGUCAAUAUUUCUUCUAACGAAACCGACAUGGCGAAGUGGUUGGUGCAGAAUGGACCUAUUUCUAUAGGUAUAAACGCGAACGCGAUGCAGUUCUACAUGGGCGGUAUAUCCCACCCGUGGCGUGUGCUCUGCAGCCCCACGAAUUUGGAUCACGGCGUGCUCAUCGUGGGAUAUGGUAUUAAAGAAUACCCGCUCUUCAAGAAACGUCUUCCGUACUGGACAAUAAAGAAUUCAUGGGGAGCGUCAUGGGGUGAACAAGGUUAUUACCGCGUGUUCCGAGGAGACGGCACCUGCGGCGUCAACCAGAUGGCUAGUAGCGCUGUCAUUUAACCUUAAAAGGUUAACUCGGGCAUCAUGGCGAAGGUGUUAUAAUGUUAUAUGAUUCUCAUCGGCUUGUUUAAGAAGUAUAUUUGCCAAAUUAUACUCUGUAAAAUUUAGCUUAAUUAAAAUGGCUAGUCUGCAAAAUUAAGACGACGUAUAUUUAUAACAGCAAUUCUCAAAUAAACAAUAAUUAUUUUACAUAUUUACGUUACCAUUAACAUACAAUAAUCAAAAUCCACAAAUCAUUGACACAACACUGUUCGAGGUAAUUCAUUACGCAAUAUUAUUAAUGUUUAUUUUUAUAACUUGCAUUUUAAAGUUACGUCUGACGGAAAAUAUUUUGUGAUGGGACACAUCUAAAAUAUAGAAUCGAUCAAUUCAUACAGAGAAAUGAUUUGACGGUAUUUUUUUAAAUGUUACUUGUUUUGGUCUACUUUGUGUUAUUUUCAGCGAAAUUAGUGAAUUUUAUUCGAUAUGGAUCAAUAAACUACAAUUAACGAAAUUAAUCUAUUCUCUUAAUGAAACUAGUCUAUUCGUCACCAUUCGUGUGGCAGACACUUAAUGAAUUAUACGAGUUGAUUUUAAUAAUUGCCAUGAAAUUAUAACACUGUUAUAAAUAUGUCAGUAUACUACAGACGAUAUAUUUUAACAUCGACUGUCGCUUUUACUGAUUGUGUCCCAUCACUGGUUCAUGAAGUUUCGCAUUUUAAUCAAGCUAAGUUUUACGGAGUUUGACAUUUUGACAUUGUCAUUUGCUGCGUGCCUUCUAAUUGUCUGCUUGCACUCUACGAAACAGUUGAUCAACAUUAACUGACAUUUCGCUAUUGUGACAAUACGUUGAUAUAUUGAUUUAAACGUUCACGAUUUUCAUAUAUUAUUUUGAUUUUAAAAUCUGGAUUUAAUCGUGUAAAAAAAAUAUAUUUUACCUCGAUGUUUCGGACGUGUUGCAACGUCCAUGGUGUCCAAGGGACUAGAGAUUUCAAAAUGAAAUAAAAUACGUGCAUAAAUUUAUUCAUUGCUUUUAAGAAAAGAAUCUCUCAGAAAUUGAAUCACUAAUAGGCACUGCCCUGAUAGAAACCACGACCAAUCACUAUUCUGCCAUUGUUUGCGUAUUUUAGUACUGUAUUGAGUAAUUUAAAUUAAAAGCAUUCUACACUUCGUUUCAAUCAAUUUUGAACGGAAAGUAAAUAAACAAGUCACUGACCCGACCUUAGACGGUUUAGUGAUGGGCAAUUGUAAUGCCAAGUACAAAUCGAUUAAUUCAUUGAAUGAAUCGAUUUGUUCAAUUGAGUGAUACUAGCAGUUUUCCUCACAUAAUAUAUAUAAGCAUAUUUAAAAUUUCCGAAAUCUUAAUUUUAAAUCGUCCUUCAAAUUACACUUAGAUACUUGUUCGAUUGCGAUUGAAAUAAUCGAUUUACUAAUCGAUUACAAAAACUUGAAUUGAAUGAACUGAUUUUUUUUCCUACAGCACUAUGCAACCAUAGACAAGUCGUCAUACUUGUAUAGUUGAAAAAUAACUUCACUUUUGGACUGCCAGUUUUCAAAUAUGAUUUUACGAUGCUAUUCAAAUGAAUAUUGUUAGAAAAAGUGAUGAGAUAUCAAGUCAAAAUCUUCGAAAUAUUCGUGAAAGUGUUACUUAUUCAAUUUAUUGAGUGAUAGC